AUGCAAACUUACAACACUGCUGAGUUCUGCUUUCCCAACAUCAACACCUCCUGCAGGAAGACGAGACUCGAUCACUCCGAGCUCAUUUACAGUGUGCUGUCAUGCAUCUCUCUGCUCACUGUGUCUCUUAACCUGCUGGUCAUCAUCUCUAUCUCCCACUUCAGGCAGCUCCACACCACCACCAACAUCCUCCUCCUCUCUCUGGCUGUCACAGACUUCCUUGUGGGUUUGAUGCAGAUGCCAGCUGAAAUGCUCCUCUUACAAGGCUGUUGGAUUUUGGGAGAUCUACUAUGUACAGCGGGUUUCUUUUUAGGUUUCAUCUCUAUCAAUGCUUCAACAGGAAACAUGGUGCUCAUAUCAGUCGACCGUUACAUUGCCAUUUGUGACCCCAUGUUCUACUCCACCAAAGUCACUCUGAGAAGAGUUCAGUUCUGCAUUUGUGUGUGUUGGAUAUUUUCUGCCGUUCACAGCAGUUGGAUAAUGAGGGAUUUAUUGAAACAGCCAGGCAGGUAUAAUUCCUGUUAUGGAGAGUGUGUAAUGGUUAUUAAUUAUAUCGAAGGAGCUGUUGACCUUUGUGUGUCCUUUUUUGCCCCCAUUCUUGUCGUCGUAGUUCUGUAUGUCAGAAUAUUUGUGGUGGCUGUGUCUCAGGCUCGAGCCAUGCGCUCUCACGUUGCAGCUGCCGCACAGCAGCGCUCAAAGACAAAAACAGCUAAGAAAUCUGAGAUGAAAGCAGCCAGGACACUUGGUGUUGUUGUGGUUGUGUUUCUUCUGUGCUUUUGUCCUUAUUAUUCUUUCACCGUUGCGGCUGAGAACAACUCGAUUGCAGCAUCAACUGCAGCCAGUCAGAUUUGGCUGAUGUAUAUAAACUCCUGUCUAAACCCUCUGAUCUAUGCCUUUUUCUAUCCCUGGUUCAGAAAAUCUAUUAAACAAAUUGUUACAUUUCAGAUACUGAAGCCUGACUCCUCUGACACUAACAUAUUGUAG